AUGGGGGAGCCCUCGGGUGUAAAUCAGUCGAUCUCUCCUUGGAAAUCCGUAUGGAAGCUUGGGGUUGUGGGGAAGGUAAAAUUCUUUAUAUGGAAAGCAAUCUCAAACCUGCUACCUACCAAGGGAAAUCUCUACAAAAAGAAGAGUGCCGAGAACCCUCUAUGUCCUGUAUGCAACAAGGUUGAAGAAACUGUUUUGCAUGGCCUUUGGGAGUGUGUGGCAGCGAGGGAAGUUUGGGGAGAGAGGGACUCUCAAGUCUCAAAGUCGGGCAAGGUCUUUGAAAAUUUUGCAGAUCUAUGGAUGGAAUUCAGUAGCAAACUUGAUGAAAGGGGCCUAGAAUUGGUCUCGGUAAUAUGCUAUAGGCUUUGGCUUAGAAGAAAUGAUUUGAUCUUUAGAAAUUUUUUCUGUGGACCAAAACACCUCAUUAAAGCUGCUUGUACUGACAUUACAGAUUUUUCAAUGGCUAUUGUGGAGCCUAAGGAGGGCGAGAUACAGGUCCAUCUCCAGUCGAAGGAAGGGAAGGCCGAGACAAAUAUUGCUUAUGGAAACCUCCAUCUGGAGCAAGGCUAA